GUCGUAUAUGGGUUUAGCAGGACGCAAUGCAUCAUGGGAGUUAAAAGUAGGAGCUCCAGUUUGAAUAGCGAAAACUGCGACUCGGAUACAAGAGGUUCCCACCCUCUGAUGAGCUCAUGUGGUUUAGUCCAAAGCUUUUUACCAGUCUGCAAAAAUAAGUGAGUCAACUCCCACAGAUGACGCACGGGGAACCCUUGGUGACACCACAACUACACACCAGAUGUCCUGAUACCACUGGAGGAAAAGAACUGAGCAUCUCCUCCUCCUUUCUUCUUCCUCCUCCUCCAUCGUUACUGCAGCUCAUGCACUGGUGACUGUUGGAGGGGGCGGGGCUUGUUUCGCUGCAGAGGGAUGCUCUGCAGCCUCACGCUGGAGAAAACAGUCUGGAAAUCCCUGCACACAAACACGCAUAUUCACACUGACUGCAGUCAAAGCCCUUCUAGCUCCAAGCAUCUGUGUCACAUCCUUCCUCCUCCCUCCUCUCCGCUGCCUCCUCUCUCUUUUCCUCUUCUUCUCCAGCGCUCUGUUCUGACUCAGCUCUCCUUUUGACCAUCCAAGCCGACCUGAACUAAAGAACCUGGAAACAUGUCCUCCAGCCUGCCCUCUGGGACCACAGCUGGGGCCAGUGGGGCCAAAAAGCCCUUCUCCCCCUUCCGGAAGCGAGGCAGCCUGCAGUACACCGCAAGCACCACAGUUGAUCUCCGUGGUGCCCGCCAUCUGCUAACUACCCAGCAUUCCUUGCCUGGGAUCCCAGUGGCCCUAAAACAGUCCAUAGAUCUGCGCACAUCCAUGGAUGGAAAGUACAAGGAGAUUGCUGAGGAGCUGUUCUCCCGCAGUCUGGCAGAGAGUGAAAUGCGCAGCGCCCCCUAUGAAUUCCCAGAGGACAGUCCAAUUGAACAGCUGGAGGAGAGACGUCUUCGUCUGGAGAGACAGAUCAGCCAGGAUGUCAAGUUCGAGCCGGACAUCCUCAUACGAGCCAAACAGGAGUUUAUGAAGACUGACAGUGCCAGCGAUCUGGAGUUAUUAAAGGAGCAGAGUCAGUUCUCUGACCUGCAGGAGCAUGAAGUGGUCCCAGAGAGAGAGUAUCAGAGAGUCACUAUUUCAGGAGAGGAGAAAUGUGGGGUUCCCUUCAUAGAUCUGCUGGAUGCUGCCAAAUGUGUGGUGAAGGCUCUGUUCAUUAGGCAGAAGUACAUGAGUCUGUCGCUGCAGACCUUCUACAGGACCACUGCCCGCUACCUGCAGGAUCUGAGCGAAAGACCUCUAGACCUGGACAUUUAUGAGGAGCAGAUCUCAGAGAACACACUCACACCAGAGGCCACGGUGCACCCACCUGUCUCUGAAACGCACCCCUACGAGAACCACGAUCCUUCCAGCAUGCCCCCCGACAUAGGCUAUGGCUGCAGGAUGGUGGAGGGUGUCAUGCACGUGUACACCACAAGGAGAACAAUGGAAAAAAGCUCAGAGUUGGACCUGCCGUACCCAAACCUGCAGGAGUACAUUGCUGAUAUGAACGUGAUGAUGGCCCUCAUUAUCAACGGCCCAGUGUGAGUUUGAAUACACACCUGACAUAUUACAGUUAACCUGCAGAUUGUG